UCGCUUCUGGUGUGACAGAAUUGGCCGUCUGCAAGGACGUUACCCAGGGGACUCCUGGAUGUUUGAUUUUUUAAGCCAUCCUUGUGGGAGGCUUCUCUCAUGUCCCUGCAUUGGGAGCUGGAGCUGACAGAGCUCAUCUGUGCUCUCUCCGGAUUAAACUGACAACCUUCAGGUCAGCAACCCAACCUUCAAGUCAGCAGUCCUGCUGGCACAAGGGUUUAACCCAUUGUGCCACCCGUGUCCUGAUGAUCUGUUUACUAGUUUGGUUAUGGUUAGCAAUGGGAAACAAGUCAUAGAGUUAAAAUAUAAAAUCCCAACCAUCCACCUCAUUUUAUGGAUAUCUGUUACAUAAUUCAAUUAGAAUUGAUAUGAUUCAUGUUGCUCUGUGCCUUUGCCCCUUUCUGACUGUAAUGUCAAGGUAAUUCAGACUAAUAAAUAAGACCGGAAAAGUUACUAUGCAAUUUUUCACUAGCCUGCAAAAAGCAUAGCAGUACAUGUGUUCAUGUUUAAUGUGAAGCAAGAGUUUCCUCUCUUUAAUAGCCAACAUAAAGAUAGACUAGUGGGGAAAGGAUGAUUUCAGCCAAUAAUCCACCAUCUUUAACAGUCUCCUCAUUCCUGUGCAUGGGAUGCCUGUUCUUCUGUAUUUACUAAAAGUGUUACUAAAAACAAGCCAAACAUGUGAUGUGAUAUUAUCUUGUACUAUUUUCAGCCCCUAUUGCCCACAGACUCUGAAGUGUCAUAAAGCUAGAGUCGCAAACAUUGCAGCGAUGUCAUGGUGGUCAUAAGGAAGAUGGUAUGAAUCGAGGGAGCAAGGUUGUUGUAUUUUUAGGCUCCAGAAACUAGGACACAGAGCAGUGGAUUAAAUGUGGAGAAAUGAAUUUAAACUACAGGAAAAGAAAGCCCACCUAAACAUUAGGAAGAACGUCCUGAUGCUGGAAUGUGUUCUGUUUUUCUGACACAUUUUUAAGGACCUGGAAAGCUGAAGGAUGCCAUCAGAAGUGUGCCUCAGUGUUCAAGAUAUGCUGACUGGUCAGAGACUCUGUCAGUCCAGUUCUCAUAAUGAUGCUGUUUUGGCUGCUCUGAACCAACAAAGAAGCGAUGGCAUACUCUGUGAUAUUACCCUCAUUGCAGAAGAGCAGAAAUUCCAUGCUCACAAGGCAGUCCUAGCAGCAUGCAGUGACUACUUCAGGGCAAUGUUCAGCCUUUGCAUGGUUGAAAGCGGUGCAGAUGAGGUGAAUUUACAUGGCAUCACAAGCAUAGGUUUAAAGCAAGCUCUGGAUUUUGCAUAUACUGGACAGGUUCUUUUGGAGCCAGGAGUAAUCCAGGAUGUACUUGCUGCAGGGAGCCAUCUGCAGCUUCUGGAAAUGCUUAGUUUGUGUUCCCACUACCUUAUCCAGGAGUUAAAUAGCUUUAAUUACUUGGACCUUUAUAAGCUUGCUGACCUCUUUAACCUCACUCUGCUGGAGAAAGCGGUGGUCGACUUCUUGGUGAAGCAUCUCUCUGAGCUACUGAAUAGCCACCCUGAAGAGGUCCUGGCGCUCCCAUACUGCCUCAUCCGGGAAGUCUUAAAGAGUGAUCGGCUUACGUCACUGAGUGAAGAACAAAUCUGGCAGCUAGCUGUCAGGUGGUUAGAACACAACUGCCGAUAUCAAUAUAUGGAUGAACUUCUCCAGUAUGUUCGGUUUGGACUUAUGGAUGUGGAUACGUUGCAUACCGUAGCCCUCUCUCACCCUCUUGUCCAAGCUAGUGAAACUACAACAGCCCUUAUCAAUGAGGCCUUGGUAUACCACCAGAGCAUCUAUGCACAGCCAAUUUGGCAGACCAGAAGGACAAGACCUCGCUUCCAGUCAGACACUCUUUACAUUAUUGGUGGGAAAAAGCGAGAGAUUUGCCGAGUUAAAGAACUUCGAUACUUCAAUCCCGUGGACCAGGAAAAUGCCCAUAUAGCAGGGAUUGCAAACUGGAGUGAACUUGCUCCCAUGCCAGUAGGAAGAAGCCACCAUUGUGUUGCUGUGAUGGGAGACUUCCUUUUUGUAGCAGGUGGCGAGGUUGAGCACGCUACGGGCCGCACAUGCGCAGUACGGACUGCUUGUAGGUACGACCCUCGUAAUAAUUCUUGGGCUGAAAUAGCUCCUAUGAAGAACUGUCGAGAACAUUUUGUACUUGGAGCUGUGGGUGAAUAUCUCUACGCAGUAGGAGGCAGGAAUGAACUGCGCCAAGUUUUACCUACAGUGGAGCGAUACUGUCCCAAGAAAAACAAGUGGACGUUUGCUCAGUCUUUUGACAGGUCCCUUUCAUGCCAUGCAGGAUAUGUGGUGGAUGGUCUUCUAUGGAUAUCAGGAGGAGUAACAAAUACAGCACAAUAUCAGAACAGGCUAAUGGUGUAUGAUCCCACACAAAAUAAAUGGCUCAGCCGUAGCCCCAUGUUGCAGAGGAGAGUCUACCAUUCUAUGGCAGCUGUUCAAAGAAAGCUGUAUGUUUUAGGCGGCAAUGACCUGGAUUACAACAAUGACAGGAUUCUUGUCCGCCACAUAGACUCCUACAAUAUAGACGCUGAUCAGUGGACACGCUGCAGCUUCAGUAUGUUGACAGGUCAAAAUGAAUCUGGAGUUGCUGUCCAUAAUGGUAGAAUAUAUUUAGUUGGGGGCUAUUCAAUUUGGACAAAUGAACCCUCUGCAUGUAUCCAGGUACUGGAUGUUAGCAAAGAAGGAAAAGAAGAAGUUUUCUAUGGACCCACCUUGCCUUUUGCUUCAAAUGGGAUAGCAGCCUGUUUUCUCCCUGCUCCCUACUCUGCGUGCCCAAAUCUGCAGCCUUUGCAAGUGCCUCAUCACAAGAUAGGCACAAUGUGAGACAAGGGAGCAUGAUUGAUGGGAGAGCAUCCUCAUUUGCCAUCAUUUCCUCUUUGCAUCACUACGAUGAAGGAAUUGUUGCAAAAUUCUUCCUUGUAUUAAAGUGCAGUAAAUGCCAAAAGGAGGGCAGGGUGAGAGAAAGGGAAGAACAUAAAGAAUGUGAGUCAGGAUUAAACUAUAUAUGUACUCUAAAGAAGGAACAGAGCCUAUUAAGAUGUUUCUCCAUCUGGUUAUUCGAGCAACUUUUUGAACAUUUUCUGGAGUCUAUUAAUUUCCAAAGGUGCAUUGCAAAAAAAAAAAAUGAAGUACAUUAACAACAAUGUGCUAUUGUAUAUCCAGUUGGUUGAAAGGGACCUUCAGCAUAGUCUCUCUUCCACUGUUUGUUGCUGCUAGCAUUAGAUGCUGUCUAGGAAGAAGAACCAAGUUUAAAUUGGAUGUGUGCAAAUGAAACAAAGGGAUUCAUUUUAUCUAGAACAGAAAUUCUCGGAAUAUGGGCUACAACUGUAGUGAGCAUGAACUUUUUAAGCCUUGAAAAGGGCUUAUUUUGAAUGCUUGUCCUUGGUAUUAGGAGAACUUGAAAGUAUAAUUUCUGUGUAUUCUCAGCUUUUCUGAUCAGCAAAGGUGCUCUUAACCAUCACUACUGAGUGCUUCUUACGUUUGCCUUACAAAGGCUAAAGUCAUGUCAUUGGAAUACUUUCCACUGCAUAAAAGACAAAUAUGUGGCAAUGUUGUCAGAAGGAAAGUGCCACAUAGCAGGGAGGAGGAAGACAGUCAAGCUAGAGGUCGUUGUAAAGCCUUUUGUAGUUUUCAAAAUUGUUCCCCAUAGAAUUAGGAGAGAAGUUGCUGCUUAGAAAUAGUACAGCUUGUUAGCAAUCUUAAGUUAUUAAAUCUUCGUACUGAUCCAAGUUGUGCUUUCUUUUCCAAACUAUAGUAUUUAACAGACAAUUUGAGGAAAGCAAGUUGUUUUAAUUCGAAAACCUUCAUUUGUCAAAAGCUGUAAAGAGAAAAUAAAUUCAUGUUGGAACGCCAUUCUGAAUAUAAAGAUUAAAAUGUAAUUAAAGGGGAAAAAAACAUUACUGCCAAUCCUAAUUAGGGAAAGACUGUUUCCCUGAUAUAAUAAAGCUCACAAUUGCCUAUC